AUGGAAGUGCCUGUCUCUGUGUCCAAGCAUCUAGAUGUGUUUGAUGGUGGGUUCCUGAGUGUGUAUCUUGGUACUUUUGGAUCGGUUUCCUUCAAUGAAAUUGUGGAUGGGGUGGACCAGAUGAUCCCUGAGAUCCAAACUAAUCCGGUGCCUUUUUUGUUCCAGAACACCCCCAAAUCUGGUCCCCGCCGAGCCUGGACUGGGCCAAUUCGCCGGCUCAUGACAAUUGCCUUUGCCCUGCUCAUCCUAGGUGUCAUUUCUUGGGCCUAUGCUGUGGGUGUUCCUUUGGCUUCCGAUCGUUAUGGCCUCUUAGCCUUCGGCCUCUAUGGGGCCUUUCUCUCAGCACACCUGGUGGCCCAGAGCCUCUUUGCCUACCUAGAACACCGGCAAGUUGCUGCCCGGGCGGCCCGGGAGAAGCCCAAAUGCUCUCGGCGGGUGGCAUUGACCAUCUCUGCCUACCAAGAGGAUGCUGACUACCUGCGUCAGUGCCUGCUAUCAGCCCGGGCGCUGCAGUACCCGAGGGAGCGCCUCCGGGUGCUACUGGUGGUGGAUGGCAACCGGGAGGAGGACAUGUACAUGGUGGAGAUGUUCCGGGAAGUUUUCGAAGCCGAGAACCCUGCCACCUUUGUGUGGGAUGGGAACUAUCACCAGCCAUGGGCCCCCCAAGUGUCAGGGGAUGGUGGCAAAGCUGGGGAGGUGGAAGCCGGUGGCUAUGUGGAGGUGGAGGCUGAGGACCCAGGGCGGCUGACUGUGGAGGCCCUGGUGAGAAGCCACCGAUGUGUGUGCGUGGCUCAGCGCUGGGGUGGCAAGAGAGAGGUCAUGUAUACAGCCUUCAAGGCCCUCGGGGACUCCGUGGACUAUGUGCAGGUGUGUGACUCCGACACGAGGCUGGAUCCCAUGGCCCUGCUCGAGUUGUCCCGAGUGCUGGAUGAGGACAUGACUGUUGGGGCUGUGGGUGGGGAUGUGCGGAUCCUCAAUCCUUUGGACUCCUGGGUCAGCUUCCUGAGUAGCCUCAGAUACUGGGUGGCCUUCAACGUGGAGCGAGCCUGCCAGAGCUACUUCCGAUGUGUUUCUUGUGUCAGCGGCCCUCUCGGUCUGUAUAGGAAUGACCUGUUGCAGCAGUUCCUGGAGGCCUGGUACAAUCAGAAGUUUCUGGGCACCCACUGCACUUUUGGGGAUGACCGCCAUCUCACCAACCGCAUGCUCAGUAUGGGCUACGCCACCAAGUACACGUCUCUGUCCCGCUGCUACUCGGAGACGCCGGCGUCCUUCCUGCGCUGGCUCAGCCAGCAGACGCGCUGGUCCAAGUCCUAUUUCCGCGAGUGGCUGUACAACGCGCUGUGGUGGCACCGGCACCACGCCUGGAUGACUUACGAGGCCGUGGUGUCGGGGCUCUUCCCGUUCUUCGUGGCCGCCACCGUGCUGCGCCUCUUCUACGCCGGCUCUCCGUGGGCGCUGCUCUGGGUGCUGCUGUGCGUGCAGGGCGUGGCGGCGGCCAAGGCGGCCUUCGCGGCGUGGCUGCGGGGCUCGGGCCGGAUGGUGCUGCUCUCCCUCUACGCGCCGCUCUACAUGUGCGGCCUGCUGCCCGCCAAGUUCCUGGCGCUGCUCACCAUGAACCAGAGCGGCUGGGGGACGUCGGGCCGCCGCCGCCUGGCCGCCAACUAUGCCCCCGCGCUGCCGCUGGCGCUGUGGGCCGCCCUGCUGCUCGGGGGCCUGCUGCGCAGCGUGAUCCAGGAGGCGCAGGCUGACUGGAGCAGCGAGGCGCGCAGGACCGAAGCGCGCUAUCUCGCCAUCGGGGCAGUCGCCUACGUGGCCUACUGGGCGCUCAUGCUGGCUUUCUACUGGGUGGGGGUCCGCAGGCUCUGCAGGCCCAGGGCUGGGGGCUACCGGGUGUCCGUGUGA